AGAAAGAUCCAAAUAAAAUAUUUAAUAUGAAAUAUUAAUUUUAAUAGAUGGUUAAAAUGCAUAGAAAAAGUUUAAAUGAAUAUAAUAAUAACAAUAUGUAAUAUACAGAGAUACACAAAAAAGAAGGUAAUCAUAAAUCUAUGUAAGAUGACUAUCAUGCCAGUUAAAAUUUGUUCAGAAAUCAUCUUCGAAUAAUUACAUCAUGAAAUCUAAAUUGAUUUUUUUAAAUAAUGAAAGAAUAAUCUUUAUUGAAUAAACAAGGGACUAUAAUUUGUAUUAAAUAUACAUCUCAGAAUAACUUUUUACAGACAAUAAAAAAUCUAAGCCUAUUUUACAAUAUUAAACAAACUCUUUAUAAAACCAGAAAAAAACAGAAAUCUCUAACUGUUUCACUCAAUUAAGAGAACUAUUAGGUUGAUUGAUCAAAUAAUCAGUA